AUGGCGAAAGCCCUGCUCCUUUUUCUUACACUAUGUGUCAUAGCGAGUACUGGACAAGUCCAAGACCAAGGUGAGAAGGUUUCCUUGUUGCUUGUUUGGUUUUAUAAAGCAUUGGCUGCCAAAGAGGAGAAGCGCAUGAGUUUUGGUCAUCAUGGCCUAAAUGCUGCCCUGCAGAAACUAACAAUGAAAACAUUCCGGGGAGUACAGUGUGAAUGUGAGGGCAUAGAUGUUCUUUAUCAACUAGGCCUUGGAGGCAACGAUGUAAGACGCCAACCAGUGGAGAAUGUGGUACUAUCUUCGUCUACUCCAUUACCUCAGGGAGUUCAAAUAGCAGAGACAGGUGUCAUUCUAACAAGUGGUACUCAUAUUGAGGCACCUACCAAGAGAAUUUUGCCAUCCAAUCUAGGACAGCAAUUCACAAUAGUAAUUGCAUUACUGUCACAUAGAGUCAACAAUGCUUUUCUCUUCAGUAUCAGGAAUAAAAAUAGACUGCUAUUAGGAGUACAAUUACUACCCAAAAAAGUGGUGAUCCACAUUGGUGGGAAACUGGUAGCAUCUUUCAAUUACAGUGUUCACGAUGAACAGUGGCACUCCUUUGCCAUUGAUAUUCAAGACUCAGUGGUUUCCAUGUUUGUUGAGUGUGGAAAGAAGCAAUUCAGCAAAGACAUUCUUUCUAGAGUGCAGACAUUCAAUGCUGAUAGUGUGUUUACUUUGGGAAGUAUGGACUACCAUUCUGUCCACUUUGAAGGAGUAAUUUGUCAGCUGGAUAUAAUUCCCUCAGCUGAAGCAUCAGCAAACUAUUGUAAAUAUCGGAAACAGCAAUGCCGCCAUAUUGAUACCUACCGAUCAGAGAUGGGGUUUCUGCAUACCACUACGUUGCCAGGCAUCGUAUUGGAGAAGACUCCAUCACACAAGCAGUCUGAUAAAGAGGUGCCAGCAGAACAUAGACCACUUUAUGAAGGAGAGAGAAACCCAAACUCAGUAAAUAAGGAGGUUCCAUCAGUCCAUAAACUUCAAGCACCCUGGGAAUCAUCAAGUUCUUUAACAUCUGUCCCUAGGGGAAACAUCUCUUCUGGGAAUCACACAAAACCUGAAAUCCAGGUCACAAAGAUGACUGCCAAAGAACAUAUCUCACUAAAUUUAAAUUUGUCAGUUCCUCUUCAUCAACUCAAAAAGGUGAUGCUGAGCUCCAACAAGAAAUCUGACUUAAUCCAAAAUGUUUCCGAGAAUGCUGUAGGGCAUAAAGAAGGAAUAACUAGUCUCCCUUUGCCCAAGGAGAGGCCAUCCUUUGUCUCUCCCCUUAUGAAAGAAGAUAAAAUUGAUGACCUAAAAAAAGAUGUUAAGGUUAAUCAGCACAAUGAAAAACUCAUGAAUAUGUCACAGAUUUUGAACACAACCUUAUAUCGGGCAACGACUGAACCAUCUGUGGAUAAUAAUCUCCAUCAGCGGAAAGGAAGCAAAUUUGAUACUGAUGGCACAUACCACACUGAGGAUAACUAUGAAACUGACUUUUAUGAUUAUUAUUACUAUGAGGAUCUGAACACGAUGCUUGAAAUGGAGAAUCUGAGAGGCCCUAAAGGGGAACCUGGAAUGCCUGGUCCACCAGGCCCUGUUGGUCUACCUGGUCCAUCAGGAAGGAGAGGUCCAAGGGGCAUGCCAGGACCACAUGGGAAUCCCGGCUUGCCUGGGCUACCUGGUCCAAAGGGCCCUAAAGGAGAUCCAGGAUUAUCUCCAGGUCAAGCCAUGGCUGGAGAAAAGGGUGAUCCAGGACUUUUGGGGUUAAUAGGUCCUCCUGGUUUUCAAGGCGACAAGGGUGUCAAAGGAUAUCCAGGGCCUCCUGGACCUCGAGGUGAUCAGGGGCUUCCCGGAAUGGCUGGUCUUGCUGGCUCGCCUGGUUACCCUGGCAGGCAGGGUUUAGCCGGACCAGAAGGUAACCAAGGUCCUAAAGGUGUAAGAGGGUUCAUUGGCUCUCCUGGCAUGGCGGGACAACCAGGACCUGAAGGGGAAAGAGGCGUUCCUGGGCCACGUGGAAGGAAGGGUCCUAAAGGAAGACAGGGCUUUCCUGGAGAAUUUGGAGACCGAGGCCCUGCUGGUCCCGAUGGGAACCCUGGUAUUGUUGGUGGUGCUGGCCCUCCUGGAUUUCCUGGACUUAGGGGUGCUGCUGGCCCUGUGGGAGCAAAUGGACCUUCUGGAAUUCCUGGGCCUAUGGGUCUUCCAGGAAAUAUGGGGCAACCUGGAAUCAAAGGUGAUAAGGGUGAACAAGGCAUGGCGGGAGAUCCAGGAGAACUGGGGUACCCUGGAGACAAGGGAGCCAUUGGUUCGCCAGGACCACCAGGGAUGAGAGGAAAGCCAGGACCUUCUGGACAAGCAGGUGACCCAGGCCCCCAAGGACCAUUUGGCCCACCAGGACCAGAGGGUUUUCCUGGAGACAUUGGCAUUCCUGGGCAAAAUGGCCCUGAAGGACCAAAGGGACUUCUGGGUAAUCGGGGGCUUCCAGGACCUCCUGGUCCCAAAGGUACUGAGGGAGAAGAAGGACCAGUGGGACCCUUUGGAGAGCUUGGUCCACGAGGAAAACCAGGCCGAAAAGGAUAUGCAGGUGAACCUGGACCAGAUGGCUUGAAGGGAGAACCAGGAGAUCAAGGACACCUUGGAAAAGUUGGAGAAGCAGGACCUAUUGGUUUACCAGGAGAAGUUGGUAUAACUGGAAGCUCUGGUGAAAAGGGAGAGCGUGGGAGCCCAGGCCCAGUUGGUCCACCUGGAGAAAAAGGAAUCAUGGGAUAUCCAGGACCUCCUGGAGAUCCAGGGCCCAUAGGUCCUCUUGGAUUACCUGGUCACUUAGGUACGAGAGGGCUACCUGGGCUACAGGGUCCAAAGGGACAAAGGGGGCCUAGAGGUCUAGAUGGUCUUCCAGGAGAGCAAGGAAUACAAGGUAUUAAGGGAGAAAAAGGCGAUCAGGGGAAAAAAGGUCUUCCUGGACUUAUCGGCAAUGCUGGAAACCCAGGAGAGAGAGGUGCUCAAGGUAAACCAGGUUUACAAGGGCCCCCUGGAAGUGUAGGAGACAAGGGACCUCCUGGAGAACCAGGGGCACGGGGACAACAAGGUGAUGCUGGCCCUAUUGGAGAAAUGGGUCCUGAGGGACCUCCAGGCAUUGAGGGAGAGCCCGGUCCACAAGGAGAGCCAGUUUCAUUAGACCUCACUGCCUUUCUCUCGAUUUAUGGUGCAUCCAAGUUUGCCUUAUUACUCCUCCUAGUCAACAUUCUGGGACCAGAAGGAGCUGUAGGAAAUCCCGGUCAAAGGGGUCGCCCAGGAAAAAAGGGAGAAAAGGGACAACUGGGACCAAUAGGAGAAAUUGGAAGCACAGGUGCUCCUGGCCAAAUUGGGGAAAUUGGUCCUAAAGGUGCCAGAGGAACCAGAGGUCCUGUGGGAAAUUUAGGAUUAAUGGGACCUGAAGGAGAACCAGGAAUUCCAGGAUAUGUGGGCCAUCAAGGUCAACCAGGACCUCCUGGGUUGCCGGGGCCUAAAGGAGAAAAGGGUUAUCCAGGAGAUGAUAACAAAGUUCUGGGACCACCGGGGCCCCUAGGUGAACCAGGUGCAAUAGGCAACCGAGGAGAAAGAGGAGAAUCUGGAGCUGAAGGCUAUAAGGGUCAUGUGGGCGUGCCUGGACAAAGAGGAGCCAUUGGGCAACAAGGGGCCCCAGGAGAACCAGGUGAAAUAGGUGACCCAGGACCUAAAGGAGAGAGAGGAUCUCAAGGUCCUAAAGGGAAGAAAGGAGUACCUGGUCCAUCUGGGAAACCUGGAAUUCCUGGACUCAUGGGCCCACCAGGACAAAAAGGUGAGCCAGGAUAUCAUGGAGCAGAAGGCAUCCUUGGAAACUCUGGAAAAGUUGGGCUACCGGGAAGACCAGGACUUCCUGGGAUCAAAGGCAACACUGGAAGAAUGGGAAUGACUGGAUCUCCAGGAACUAGAGGAGCAAAAGGCUCAUCAGGCAUGCCAGGAAACCCAGGGGCUCCAGGACCAAAGGGCGAACAAGGGCUACCAGGUCAUCCUGGCAAGCCAGGUAGAAGAGGUCAUGUAGGAAUGCAAGGCGAUCAAGGACCACAUGGAGAUCAUGGGAUGAAAGGGCAGUCUGGGGACCAUGGUGACCAAGGGUUGAUGGGUUUCCAAGGAUUCCCAGGUCCAAAAGGCCCUGAAGGAGAUGUUGGCAUGGUUGGAAUCCUAGGCCCUAAAGGUCCUGUUGGCCAAAUAGGAAACAUUGGCCACCUUGGUAGAGAAGGCAUAAUAGGUCCAACAGGAAAAACUGGACCCAGAGGUGAAAAGGGCCAUAGAGGUGAAAUGGGACCCCAAGGACCGAGAGGUCACCCUGGACCACCUGGUCCACCGGGGGCACCAGGACCACGAAAACAAAUGGAUAUCAAUGCUGCUAUUCAAGCCUUGAUUGAAUCAAAUACUGCACUACAGAUGGAGAGCUACCAAAAUACCGAAGUGACUUUUCUGGACCACAGUGCAGAAAUAUUCAAAACCCUGCACUAUCUUAGUAAUUUACUACAUAGCAUCAAGAACCCACUUGGCACCCGAGAUAACCCAGCUCGCAUCUGUCGGGAUUUGCUCAACUGUGAACGCAAAGUGUCAAAUGGAAAAUACUGGAUCGAUCCAAAUCUUGGGUGUCCUUCAGAUGCCAUCGAGGUUUUCUGCAAUUUCAGCGCAGGUGGUCAAACAUGCUUAUCACCUGUGUCUGUGACAAAGUUGGAGUUUGGAAUUGGGAAAGUCCAGAUGAAUUUCCUUCAUUUACUGAGCUCAGAAGCCACCCAUAUCAUCACCAUUCAUUGUCUGAACACACCAAUAUGGACAACUCGAAGGACAAGUGCCCCAGGAUUGCCUAUUAGUUUCAAGGGAUGGAACGGCCAGGUCUUCGAAGAAAACACCCUACUUGAACCAAAGGUGCUUACAGAUGAAUGCAAGAACCAAGAUGGCAGCUGGCAUAAAGCAAAAUUCCUUUUUCACACUCAGGACCCUAAUCAGCUCCCAGUGAUUGAAGUACAAAAACUUCCUCAUCUCAAAACGGGACAGAAACAUUACAUCGAAAGCAGUUCUGUGUGCUUUCUCUAA